CAAGAAAUUGGGGCAUUGAAAAUUGCAACCUUUUGCACAUCAGCCAUAAUUUUGGCCUCAAAUUCGCAGCAGAAUCGUAUCUCAAGAUCUCAUCAGGCAAAUUCGGUAGGUUUCAAUCGCAUAACAGUUCAAAAUCCUAAUCUUCUUCUGCUACAAAUGCCUCCGUUCAAUUCCGCACCGAGGGCGCUGGCGCGUUUGGUAGCGCUCCGUAAUCCAUCGCGGCGGCGCACGAGAAAUUAUCCUAGCUUCAGCCAGGUUCGGCCUUCGAGUAAUAUCGCUGGGAACAAUGCAUUUUCUCCAGAGGAAAAUCGGCGUCACGGGAAUUAUAGUUUCCUAGGUUCUGCAAAUUCGUCGCGUAUUUGUAAUUUUGUUCACCAAAAGAGAGGCUUUUUGGGAUGCGGUGAUGGCGAGGAGGGUGGUAUGCUAUCAAAAGUGCACCAGGAAAAGCGUGUGUUGGGAUAUUCACCUGAACAGUUGUUCAAUGUGGUUGCUGCGGUUGACAUGUAUGAAGAUUUUCUUCCUUGGUGUCAGCGCUCACAGAUAAUUUGCCAGAACCCUGAUGGAAGUUUUGAUGCGGAGUUAGAAAUUGGCUUUAAAUUUUUUGUUGAAAGUUAUACAUCUCAUGUGGAGUUAACAAAACCAAAAUCCAUUAAGACGACUUCAUCCCAAACUAGCCUUUUUGAACAUUUGAUUAAUGUCUGGGAGUUUUCCCCUGGACCCGUUCCUGGAAGUUGCAGCCUCUAUUUCAUGGUGGACUUCAAGUUUCAAUCGCCACUUUAUCGACAAGUUGCCAAUAUGUUCUUCAAAGAAGUGGUUUCUCGGCUUGUUGGUUCGUUCAACGAUCGAUGUAGACAAAUAUAUGGACCUGGGGUUCAAGUUCUUGAAAAUAUCUAUGAUCACUGAACAUAAUAGUCAUUUUGAUAAUAUUGUCAAAACCCUGUCGUUUUCAUAAGCUGAGUUCUCUCAUUUACUAUUGAAAUGCUGAGAAAGGUACCAACCCCUCCCUUGCCUGACUUUUCUUCUUCUGAUACGUCGUCUCGAUCUAUUUCUUGAAACGAUGUCGUUUUGUUUUCUUCGGGCGAUAGAGAGAAGAGGUGAAAUUAUUCGUGUAUAUGGUGAAACAUGAAUUUUUCUAGUUUUUUUUACCUUAGGUUAAAGCCCAUAGGCCAUAUGUAUUUGAGAAAAUAAAAUAGGAACUUUAUUCUUAAGAGUUUAAGUGGAAAUUGUAAGUGCUGUCAAAUUUGACAAUAUUCACUUUUUAGUA